CUCACAUUUCCAAUACACAACAACAACAGCCUCAUGUAUGUAGGAUGUGUCAGAUAUUUACAAUAUCUCUGUGACUCUGCUAUGCAGCAAUCAAUAGUCCAGCAGUAACUGUUGUUCUAAAACAUGGAUGUAUCAAUACUUGCCAACAUAAGUAAGGGGUAUGGGCACUGAAUCACAAUGACCUUCAAAGGUUUAUGUUGACCUUGACAUUUGGGAAAGGGUACCGACAGAGGUGCAGAAAAUGAGGUCUGCCUUCAUAUGUCUCCUCAUGGAAAUUAAAUUUUAACUUAAGAUGACGCUUUAGCUGGUAACCAUGGCAAUUCAACGAGAACUGAGUAACCAGGAAGAGCUGGUUCACCAGUUAGACCCAGAACCAGUCUUCGAUUACCUGUUGCAACACAGAGCACUUGACCAGUCUACUGUGGAAGUGAUCAGGGGUGAAGAAAAGCUUGCUGACAGGAACAUCAAGCUUCUACAGCACCUAGAGGAACUGGGAAAUCCAGCUGUAGAGUUAUUUAUAAAUGCAUUACGCCAGUCAGGUCAGCUGCACCUGGCAAGCUCCCUGGAUGUUGAGCAUAGGAUCAAACCUGUGUAUGGGAAAGGGUACUGGGAAAAACAGAGGUACAAAGGUCAAAUUGCAAUAUCAUUCCAGCUGGUAGCGGCAAAGGUCAUGGUGCGUAAAGAUUCUGAGGAAGACAAGUCGCCAAAAAUUGUUGACAUAAAUGCAAUGCUUACACCAUUUAAGGUCAAACAUUCCUACGAAAACAUGACACUUAUUGAAGAUGAGGGAAAUGGUCCAAAGGCGCGUAAAAUUCUCGAGUACUCGUACGACGAGGAAGAUGAAAAGAAAUCUUGCUGUUGGUGCUGUUUACCCUUCUUUUGUUGUUGUAUGUCCAAUUCACGAAAGAAAAAGAAACAGGAGUAUGAAAAAAGUGCUAAUUCCGUUAAUGUGCCCUCCAAAAAUGGUGCUCAAUUAGAAAAAAGUAGUUCAGAUAUUUCGUUGAACUUUUGUGAUGUUAUGGUUUCCUUGCCUUCCCAACCAGCUUCACCAAUUAAAAGCGGUUCUACUUUUUUCAAAACACGAAAAAUGUCGCCUACAAAUGAGGUUGUGUCAAGUCCGGAAAGUCCAACUUCUCCCUUGCCAAAAUCUGAUUCAGUAGAUCGGAACUCGAACCAUCAUUUAAAUGAAGCUCUCAUCAAUACUUCACCUUUAAGUGAAAAUAUUGAUGUUGAUGUAGUGUUUAGUGCAAAGCAAGAGGAUGUAAGUUUUAAAAGUACUAAGUCUGAAAAACUUGAUAAAUCUAAGAAGAAAAACGGUGGGAAAAAGAAAACAAAAAGUGAUUCUAUGUUGGAAAUUAAAAAUCAGAAAAAUGGCCAUGUUGCCGGUGAUGUUAAAAGUGACACCAGUUCAGACAAUAAAGAAAACAGUGACCCAUUAAUUAUGGGGCUACAAGAAAAGAAGGGUUUUAAUGGGAAAAGUAAACCACCGAAGGUAUCUCCACCAAAGUCUUUGAAAACAAGCAAAACACCAAAAGGAAUGACUCGAUCGGAAACAUAUGAACUUGUUGAAAGAUGGAAAAGUGAAGGCCGUGCAUAUCAGACAGCAAGGGACCAGUUUUUCUCAUAUUUUGAUAACAAUAUACAGAGCCGCAUAGUUCGAUAUUUUGAACAGGAACGGAGUACACUUGUGUUGCAAAUAAGUGUGGAUGACAAAAUGGCAGUGUGCACCAUUUGUAUGACAACUAAAGAAGUGCGUAAGUUGAGGGAGGAUUAUGAGAUGGGUGUCCUGCAUGAAGAACUUGUGCAGUGUGUGGAUCCACAAAAUGUUGUUGAUAAACUAGAAUGUUGUGCAAUUCAUUUAAGAACUGUGAUUGACGAUGAAGAUUUCACAUUAUCGUAUCAGGAACUUAGUUAGGAAUAAUAAGGGUGUUUGAAACUACAUACUGCAAUCUGGUUUUGAACAUAAAAGAUUUAUGAUAGUUAAAUUGUUAUUUAUAUGAUACAAGAAAUCAUAGGGAUACACAAAGCAUAUCUGGAAAGGUUAGAGUAUUAUCGCAUGACUUAGUGAAUUAUUGAUGGAUAAAUGAAGAACAUUUACUUGAGGGAAAAUGAGUAUUUCAAGUGCAUUGUUAAUCUUGCAUUACUUCAGAAUGUCAGUUGUUUUCCUAUUUUUGAAAAAAAAAUUGAAAGAAGAAUGCAUAAAUCUGCACAUGCUAUGAUGAUAUUUUAAUCAGACUGUAUGAGGUUCAAUUUUAAAACGGCUUUUUGUCAAGUUUCUGUUUUAAAUGGCAUUUUACAGAUACACUAUACAGUAUUAAUUAUCUUCAUUAUUUUAGUUGUAGUAGAAAUUUUGUUUUAAUCAGGUAGUCUGCGACAGAACAUUUUUUAAUUAUGGGUAUGGUCAGUAUCAUAUUGUGUAAAAUGGCCACAAAAUUUAUUUUUGCGUUCUCUUAUAUUCAUUUGCUUUUUGAAGAAGUUAGUGGUCCAAUCAUUAAUUUGAUUAGACAUUUUAGUGGCACAUUUGUUUUAAUACUGUUUUGCAGUUUUCAUUUUAAUAAAUUUGCUGCAUUUUGCACCAGUUUUGUUGUUUUUAGACUCAACAGAGAUGGUAUUGUUGUAACUGCACAAUUUGAUUUGCAUUUUGUUUUGUAGAAUGUAUUAUUGUAUACAGUCUUGUUUGUUUUUGUCACUGCUUUUGUAGAAACUGUACUUGACAAAUUGAUUAAACUAAAGAGGAAGUGAGAAACGCCUAAAGUUUGUCUAGCUUUAAAAGGAGACACGCUAGAAGAACUUCAUACAAGUAAAUCAGUAUGCUUAUACUCAUAAUAGUGAAACUUUGAGUUGCAGACCAGUCUAGAAACUCUUGUGUCUGAUUGGUCAUUUCUGAACAUAGUUUUCAAACUGACUAAUGGCAAGGCAGCUUUCUGAGACUGGUCUCUAAAUUCUGUCUUUAUAACAUUGGAGCAUUGUAAGAUUGUUUUAAGCUUUAGUCAGAAAUUCAACUUUUUUUGUAAUUGCAUUUUUGAAUAAGAAUUCAGUGGUGCUGGCACUUAGAGUGUUGUAAUCAUUUACAUGUUUUUACAUCAUGUACAUGGAAUGUAGAUUUAUAGGAAGUUUAUAUUUUAUGAGUGGUGUUUUAGGCAAGAUUACAUGUAUUUAUUUUAGUGGAACAUUUGAUUUUGAUGUACAUUUUAGAUGAUUUCUAAGUAAAGUGUUUAUGUGUGACAUCAAUGGUUAUAUUUAAGAUUACCAGUGAUUUAUAUUACGGAUUUUAGGCCAGCCUGGAUAUUUCUCAUAGUUAAGCAGUUAGAAUGAAAGACUCCCCCAACCCCAAGUAGAAGGGGGGUAUGGUCUGAUUGAUUGAGUAUUACAUGUCUAAGGUCAUCCUCUGUGUCAGCUUUGUGUUGGGAAGUUGUCAUUUACUUUUGGAGAACAAGGUCCAAAAUUAUAAAACUGAGAUUGGAAACCAGUCCCAAAACUCUAACAUCUGAUUGGUUGAUUCUUAACUUAGUUUUGAAAUUGACCAUUGGAAUUGUUACAUUGUUAGACAGGUUUUAUAACCUUGGAACCAGGUUAAUACUGGUACAAAGAUUCCAGAAACACUGGUAAGGUUAACUAAACACUGUGUGUAACUUUGAUACUGUUGUAAGAUGGGAUGUAACAUAAAAAAUAUAUAAGAAGCAAACAAAGUUGCACAUGCUAUCAUUAUUUUAUUGGAUUGCACAAGUUACACAUCUCAUAUAAGUGUAGAUUAUGUGCUUCCUUUCAGAGUAAAUAUUCGAUAAUAACAGCCAUCUAACAAUAGACGUUUCUACAAAUUCAGCUUUUCAGCAUGUUCAGAUAAAUUAAUAUUUGAUGAUCCAGAUUUAUUUUGUUGUGUUUGGUCUUUUGUGAUACAAUGUUUAAUUUGUUUUCAGGUCUUAGGUAUGUUUAUAAAAACAAGUUUUCAUUUCACACUUAACAUAUUGCACUUUAUCUCAAAGUUCGUUUAGAACCAAAAAUAAGAGAAGUCAGUAGUUUGUUCGAUUAUAUCUUCUGUAACAUUGUUUUAUUUAAGAAAUAAAAUAUUUCAUUUAAUGAUUUGUCGCUGAAUAAAUCAUUAUUUGGAGUUCGGAUGCAAAGGAAUUAUAUUACGAGGGUGCAGCUCGAGUGAUAUAAUAAUACGCAUCUGAACGACAAACAAUGAUUUUAUUCAAGAGCAGAUCACUAAAUGAGAAAUAUUAUUUCGAUUCUAACAUGUUACCAAGGACUUUAAAGUACAUCCUUGACGGCAUUCAUUAAAUAUUUGCCCGUUUUCAAUCGGUUUCUUUUCCAGCGCGCUGUUUGACACUAUGACGUAAUAAUUGUGAUGUCAGAACAGUGAAUUGUUGAAUACUAAUUCACUGUUUUCAGCCUUCUUUGUUUAAUAGGAAAAUGAAUUGGAUUGUGUUAGAAUAAAAAACUUUGUAUUGUUUUAUAUCAUUUUAUCAUUGGUCAUGUCUGUCAGUUUUCAUUUUUGUGAUUAUAAACUAAGAGUUAUGACUAUUGCAAAUUAUAUAUCUCGAUGGCAGAAUUGUGAAUGUCAUAUUGUCUAUGAGUGAAUUUUUGUACAUGCAUAUAGAAUAGAGUAACACACAAAUAAUUAUGCAAAAUCUGCAAAGUAUUAGGAAAAAUCGCCUAUGUAUAUCCUAAAGAAUAUCUAGCAAAAACUGUGUGCUAUAAAUGAAAUAUGUAUCAUUGUAGACUUCAGUUUUGUUCUAUUUCCCGAUGUCCUUCCAUUUUUAGCUUGACUAUUCGAAGAGUAGUCCAGCUGUUCUACUCACCCUGGCGUCAGGGUCACACUUUGGUUAAAGUUUUGCAUGCAAGUACAUAUGGCUAUCAUAUAAAGGCAUAUAGCUUUUAAACUUAUUUUUUCUUUUUCUAGGUCAGUUACCAACUAUACUGGGUCAGGUACCAUAACUCUGACAUUUAUUUUGAGCAAAUUAUGCCCCCUUUUGGACUUAGAAAAGCCUGGUUAAAGUUUUACAUGCAAGUUACUAUCUCCAAAACUAAUGCAGAUAUUGAAUUGAAACUUCACGUGUCUUCGGGGUUAUAAAACUACUUGAUUGCAUCAAGUCCCAUCACUCUGACAUGCAGUUUGGUCAAAUUAUGAACUUACUAAUUUGCAUGAAAACUUCUGGUUAAAGUUUUUCAUGCAAGUUACUAUCUCCAAAACCAAUGCAGAUACUGGAUUGAAACUCUAUAGAUAUUUUAACAUUUAGGUUAAUAUUUUCCUGCUUCUGGGACAUUAACAGUUCGAAUAGUUGAGCAUUGGCUGUCCUAUGGACAGCUCUUGUUUUUUAAAUUUUGAAAGUUAAAUAGGGAGUUGGUCUAUAAAUUAAUAAAAAAUGGCUGGCUUUGUCUCCUUAAGUUGGUGUAGGUUUUUGCAUGCUAAUAAUUUUUGUGAAAGUUUUCUUUUCAAGUGUUCCUAUAUAUAUUUAGUGCAAUGGUAUUAUUUUAACUUUUGCUGAUUUUGUAUGUUUUCAAAUGAAGAUUUUUGUAAACUUUUCUAAGCAUUAUAUACUGUCUUUUAUUACCUCAUAUUGUAACAUAACUUUUUAUCUUGUUUGUAAAGAUGUUGAAAUUUGGUUUUAAUAUCUGCUUUAAAUUGAAAAAUAUUAUUUUGCUAGAUGUUUCUGCUGUGUUUAAAUUACAAUUUUUUCCAAGGAAUUUUAUACUAGUAAUGUAAUGUGUGGAUCAGGCAGUGAUUUCUUAACUAUUGUAUAACUUCAAUUUAAAACCAAGAGUUUAUUCCCUUUUAUCAGUUUUUAUGAAGCUGCUGGCAGAAAUAUUCAUUUUAGGCCUGUAAUGUUUUUUUUUCAUCAAUAUACUGAUCGUCAAGGUAAGGUUACCAUCAACAAUCUUAUAUUGUUGUAUCUCUGUAGGUAUUGUUUGUUGAUACAGAUAUAUUUAUGAGCCACUUAAUGAUCUACAGAAACUGAUUUUGUUGUUUGAAUAAGGCUGAGUAAUAGAAAUAUCUGAAGUUAAUGCACAUCAAAGCUUUAUACAUGCAUGUUGCAUGAUUAUGAUUCAGUUGAAAUGUUGUGUUCAAUUUUAAGUCUGGCAGAUAACUCUGAUAGCCAAUUUUUAUCUUCUUUUCAAUUAUUACUUCCCUUACGUUUGGAAAAGAAGUACAUUUUAAACAGAACAUUGUGUAUUUAUUAUGUCUGUCUGGCUUUCUUGUAGAUGUCCGUCUGUCUGUUUGUCAGCCAAAAUCAUAUCCAUUUUCUUCUUUUUUAUGCCAUUUAAGAGAUUAUCAUGUAACCUGGCAUUUUUGCCAUAAUGAGGUGACAUGUAGACUACAAGUUUUGUUGUACAGUACAGUUAUGUUGGUUAAAUGUCCUGGUAUUGUAAGAUCAAACUGACAGAAAAAUGCUUUGCAUCUUCGUUAAGCGUGAAUGGUUUUCCUACAUCUUUUCACCAGUGUUUUCCAUAAUAUAAUGAUAGAAUGGUAAGAUCAGAGGUCAGAUUGGCACCAUUUCUAACAACUAUUGAAAAUUUAUUUAAUUUAGAAACAGUGUAUAUUGUGUUUUAACGUUAUUAAUACAGGAAAAAAGAGGUCAUACAUUUGCUGAAUAAUUUCACGAGGGUGUAACCUGAGUGAAUUAUUCUGACAAGGUAUAAGUGACUUUGAGUGUAUUGAUUUAAGUUAAAUAUGCUUUUGCUAUACAUUACUUUGAUUCUAAUAUUCCCUUUAUCUAAAACAGAAGUAAAAUAUAGUAGCACUCUUUUUUGGUCACAACAAAAACAUUGACAUCAUCGCUAGUUAACUUGACGUCAUUUUAGUGUAAGCAUGUUUUAACAGAAGCAAGCUUAUUACAAUUUUUGACAGAAAAGGAAUCGUACUGAGUUUGUUUUUUAUUACAAACAUUUUAUGCUUUUCUGUACAAUAUUUUACAGUACUUACAAACAAGUAAACAUCCUUAAGUUACUGUCAUUUGUAAGUCAGAGAUAAAUUGAUAAAGAAUAUACCUUUCCUUUAUAUUGUAAAUAUUUAGAUAUGAGUGGUACAAUUUUUAGCUCACCUGAAAAGGUGAGCUUUUGUGAUCGCCCUGUGUCCACAAUUUGACUAUUAACACUCUAGAGGUCACAAUGUUGGCCCAAUCUUAAUUAAAUUUGGUCAGAAUGUUACUCUCAAUAAAAUCUUGGACGAGUUUGAUAUUGGGUCAUCUGGGAUCAAAAACUAGGUCACCAGGUCAAAUCAAAGAAAAAGCUUGUUAACACUCUAGAGGCCACAUUUAUAACUAUAUUUUCAUGAAACUUGUUCAGAAUGUUAAUCUUGAUGAUCUUUAGGUCAAGUUCAAAUCUAGGUCAAGUGGAAUCAGAAACUAGGUCACCAGGUCAAAUCAAAGGUAAGACUUGUUAACACUCUAGAGGCCACAUUUAUGACUAUAUCUUAAUGAAACUUGGCCAGAAUGUUAAUCUUGAUGAUCUUUAGGUCAAGUUCAAAUCUGGGUCAGAUGGGGUCAAAAACUAGGUCACCAGGUCAAAUCAAAGGAAAAGCAAAACACACUAGAAGCCACAUUCAUGACCAUAUCUUAAUGAAACUUGGUCAGAAUGUUAAUCUUGAUGAUUUGAGGUCAAGGUUAAAUCUGAGUCUGGUGGGGUCAAAAACUAGGUCACCAGGUGAAAUCAAGUGUAAAGCUUGUUAACACUCUAGAGGCCACGUUUAUGAUAAUAUCUAUGAAACUUGGUCAGAAUGUUAAUCUUGAUGAUCUUUAGGGCAAGUUCAGAUCUAGGUCAAGUGGUGUCAGAAACUAGGUCACCAGGUCAGAUCAAAGGAAAAGCUUGUUAGCACUCUAGAGGCCACAUUUAUGACUAUAUCUUAAUGAAACUUGGUCAGAAUGUUAGGUCAAGUUCGAAUCUGGGUCAUGUGGAAUGUGACCUACUGACCUACUUUUUUGUUUUUUAAGAUACAGCCUCUAAAUUUGGAUGGCAUGUACAGUUUUGCACACCGAUCUUAAAACUGACUUCAAUGACCAUGAAUGUGACCUACUGACCUACUUUCUGCAGGUGAGCGAUAGGCCUUCAGGGCCGUCUUGUUAAACACUUGAACUGUUAUGUCUGCAGUUUUGUUUUCAGCUCAUUCAGAUAGUACUGAUUAAAUUUAGUGUCAAUGAAUAUUGCCCAUACUUAUAUCAAAAUGAGAAUAGGGUAUGUUCUAGUAAAAAAAAUCAAAUGUGUUUUAAUUUCUCUUACAUAUGGAAUUCUAUUUUCCUUCAUACAUGAAAAUUUAAUUUCCCUGAUAUGGAAUUUUGAUUUCCUUUAUGGAAUAAUGAACGAUCAUCAACUUUAGUAUAAUAGAUAUUUGAAGUGUAUACAAACAAGUUUGCAUGAAAUACAUGAAGGUACAUAUCACUGACUCAUAUUUUGUAAAGCUUAUGAGUAUUUAAGCAUAGUAAACAUAAUUUAAAAAAAGAUGUGUCUGUUUGCUUUACUUAUACCAAUAGAAGUUAUCAUUACAAGUUUUGCCAAAUGUUGUGUUCUGCAGUAAGAUCAUACCUGUUUGAGGUGUAAUACUAUGUUGUUCUGAUUGUGAUUUUGAUUUAUAUAUAGUUUUUGAAAGCAGCAAUGUUAUGUACCAAGUACAUGAACAUGCCUAUGUAUAAUAAAAAGUAUAUUUCUUCCAUA